AUGCGGGUACAGACAUUGACUGAUGAGUAUUUAUCUCCUGUAAAGCUACCCUCUGUGUAGUAGAUCAAUAAGACUAUAUAAGGAGAGGAUGGGACUAUUUUUGCAAUGAAUCAGUUAAUGAGCAGAGCAAACAUCGGAACAAGUAAUAAGGCUUUUAGAACCUUAUAAAAGAUCACAAAUGAUUAGAGUGAAAGAAAGGAUUUGCAGUUAUUAUAAUAAUGGACUGAUUCUAUGGUGCAGCAGAUUCAAAAGCAGCAUUUUUAUAGUAUAACUGAGUUCUAUGAUAAAAUGGAGUUGAUUUAUUCAGGUUCAAUAGGAUAGCUUUGCCAAUAGUUAUCUGUGAAAUGCAAUGACUAUUCCUAAUUGAUUGAUAAGAUAUGGACUCAAUUUACAGGCACUGUUAAGGAGAUUAUCGAUAAAUAGUCUAGAACAAAUCGUAAAUUGGAAAAGGAGAGUUUAGCUGGAACAAUUAAGAUACAUGAGAGGUACUAGAACUCAAUGACUGAGAAGGUAUAACGAUUGUAAGAAGCAGAAAAAUAAUUGAAGCGUAAUACAGAAUAUGUGGAGAAAUUGAAUAAGGAGAACAAAUAUCUACGCAAGAAGACAAACACAUAUCAAACACAGAUUACAAGUCUUAAUAACGACAUUGAACUGUUGAAAUUGCAAUUACAGGAUCUGAACAAAGAGAACGAGACAUAUAAGUUAUUUUAGUAAGUCAGACAUUCUACUGAGAAUGUGACAGCAGAUUAUGAGGAGGAAUUAUAUAAAGCAAAGAAAGAGAUAUUCGAUGAUUUUAAGUUAGUGUUUGAAGAAUAGACUCGCAAGUUCGAAGAAGCAUAUCAUAAUAAAAUGUUAGAAUUAGAGAGAGGACAUGACGAUAAAGCUUAAAAGGAUGAGAACUUGAUGGAAGAAUACGAAGAGAUUCUCUUUAAAGAUAAAUGUGUUGGCAAUCAUAUGGACUUUGCAGAUUCACAAACAGACACCAUCGAUUUAAUCUAAACCUAGGAUUGUUCCGUUUAAACUAUUCAUUAGAAGAAAAAAAUCUAUGAUUAGGGGACUCAGACUUUGCCUCCUUAAUAAUGUAAUUAAGCUUGUGAAGCAAAUUAUGCAAUUAAUCAAGAUCGAGAGUGUAUUCCCAGGAACAGUGAGGAAUAAACUUAUUUGGAAAUGUCUCGAUAUCCGAUCAAAGCUUUCAUUGAUGACUACUAUCAAUUGUAUAUAGAGAAAGUCGAAAUUGAAAAGAAGACAUUUCCUAAUGUGUUUGAAAGUGUUCUCGACCAACUCAAAUUUAGGUCAUCUUAGUUGUUUAAUAUUAUGAAAAUGAAGGAAGAAUUCUUUUCAGAUGAUUUCUAUGAGAGUUCUUAUUCUGUGUUUGUGUUAUUAACUCAUCACUUUCAAGAUAUCAUUUAAAAGUUGAAGGAUGAAUUGGUUGCUCGUAAAAUUUAGAUCUUUGAAACUCAAAUUGAUUUUAAAUAGGCUGUUCGAUAAAAGAAUUAAAAUCAAAAGAGGUUUGAAAUCCUGAGUAACAAAUACUAAUAGUAAGUCAAGAAUUACAAUUUUAUUGAGAAGCAAUUUAAAUCAAUCUCCAGAUUCAUUCCUCAGUACCAUCAGGAUUAAAUACGUCGUAAGGCCUAAAAACAUAAAAUUCAUUUGGAAUUUCCAAAAGCAUUUUCUCCUAUUCCUAACGCUAUGAUGAUAAGUACUAAUAAUUUAAACAAUCUGAAUCCUCCAGCACAAUAAGCAUUUAUGAAUAGUUCAACCACACUGUUACCUCCUUAACAUUAAAGUACCAGUCCAAAUUUAUUGUUAACUGGAAAUCCUAAAAAUUCAUUUGGAUUCUUUCCCCCAAUGACUCCUCUUGAACACUAAGAAAGUAGCAUACCUUAACGUAAUUCCUUAAUUGAAUUGAGUUGUGAUUCGCCAGAGCCACCUGAGUAGUUUUCACCUCAAAAAACCACAAAUCACAUUAAAUUGUACCUCUUUAAUUAUAUCAAAGUCUUUCCUGAUAAUAAAUUCGAAGAGUCAUCCAGUUCUUCAGAAGAAGAGGUCGAUUUAUCUGAAUGUUUGAAUUCCUGUAAAGAAUCUACUGUCAAUCGAAAAGAAAUUGUUUGUGAAUAGAUGUCCAAGCAAAAAUACUUCGAUUGCAACUCAAACUCUUUUAUAAGAGAUUCAAUAAUUCAGAAGAGAUAAAAUAGAAAAUAUUGUAACUCAAAUUUUGCGUCCUGGUGCUUAAAGUUCAAUAAAUUCAAUUACCCCAUGCACGUCUAAUUAUAUGAGUAUUUUUCUAGUGAGAAUCAAUCAUAACCCUAAAAUGUAUGGUUAGGCAAAGUGGCUAGAGUAAUUAAAUCAGUAAUCUAUUACAAAAGAAAGAAUGACUCAGCCAGACUAUUUCAUGCGAUGUUGGUCGGAGAUUUAAGCUUCCUGAUUUACUUAUAGAUCUUGAGCACUAUUUCAAAUGUAAACUUUUAAGACACUGGUAUUUCAAUUCUACAAUCCCAAUUGGCCGAUCAAAUUAAGAGUGUACAGAGACUGCCUCAAUAUAUUGAUUAUGAUCAAGAGAUCUCCCAUCAUCUAGGACCUAUGUAAGAUAUCAAAAUUCAAGAAUUGCUCCUUAAGUAUUCUAUGAUCUUGCAAAUUUUUGCAGAUGAGGGCGAGAGACUAACUUAGAAUUAAUUCAGAUUGAUUAUGCUUGAACUUGAAAACAAGAAAGACGAACAAUAUUACAUCAACAUGUUUAAUUCUGAAUGUGAUAUAGAAUAAUCAUCUAUACAAUACAUGUCCUUUUAAAGAUUUGCUGUGAUUUGUGAAGAAUUUCAAUUACUAUAGGGAUUGGAAGAAUACUUAGCUAAAAAUGAUGCCUAAUAUUUUAAGGAUACCGAUCUAUGGAAAGUGAGGGAAAUAGAAUUAAAGUUGAUGCUGAUUAGAAGUCAUAAUUAUGAUGCAUCUGAGAGAGAUCUCUUUUUUAGAAUGCACAAACUGCAUCAACCAUCAUAACGCAUAAUAUUGGGGAGGUUCUUGGAAAGAAGAGCCAAAGAGUUAUUACUCUAGAAAUAUACAUUAGAGUGCUUGGCACCAUUUAUGUUACUUUUCGAAUCAUGA